GGAACUUACAGUUCUGUGGUUUGGUCGUUUAUAAUAUAGGAUUAUUGCAAAAUAAUGGUAUUUAGUGUCAUGUGGAUUGCAUACUAUAUUUUGAUAUUAAUCACUUUUGUGUUAGCAAUAACUAAUCAUGCGGAGGCGAACAGACGUCAGAAAAGAUAUCUUAUCUUCACUACCGGCACUCAAUAUGGGAUAUUUGCAACAAUAUCAAUCCCCCUCCAUCCUGAGACGACAGUUAGCGUUGCUUGGUUCUUCGAAGCAAAUUAUUAUAAUGUAGCCAAUGCAACCUACUUUGAACCUCUACUAGGAGAUGUCACAAUAUCAAGAGAUAGGAAACAGAGAAGUGUAAAUGGACACAAAGGUUUAACGAGAAGUUACAUUUAUAUUAUAAUCGAAUCUAUGUUGGAAAAACACGGUUACCAGGGACGGCAGUGCUUACUCAGGGCCAUUUGUGAGGCGGCUACCUCGCAAUAUCCUCACAAUGGAUUAUUGGGCGAUAUACUUCACUUGAUACUUACAGCACUGUUGAGUACUUGCUCUUCGUUGAAGAACGAAAGGCAGAGAAGAGGCCUUAUAUUUCCACCCACAAGUCUUUACGGGACGUUUAUCGCCAUCGCGGUACCAGUCGAUAUACCUGAUAAGAACGUGUUUGUCUCUUACAACUUCGAAUCGAACUACAGCGUUCUCACCAACAUCACGCAAAUAGACGAAGUAAUAUACCCCAAUCUGCCUGUUAUCAGCUCUCGACAAAGCCGCAGCAUCACAAGGGAACUAGCUUAUAUGGUAUUAGAAAAUCGAUUCAAGGAGUAUGGUAUGAACGGUAAAGAGUGCAUGCUAAGGAAUAUCUGUGAAGCAGCCGAAACUCCGCUGCAUCACAACGGCCUCUUAGGACACAUAAUGCAUAUUAUAUUUACGCCAUCCUCGUCCCGCGAGGAAGGAAUCGACGAUGACUACUACGAAGCCGAAAUGGAAGGGCAAAGGGGGAAUUGCGACAGAUAUCUGGACGACUGUCCGUUCAGCUUGUUCGACGUCAUCACAAGAUUAGUUGAAAUACGUUCAUAACUUUACAAUCUAAUACUAAAGGUCUGCGCAGAAGAUAAACAUUUUUUCAUCAUACAAAGUUUCUUAUUCUCUAAGUCAGCCUUGCCCAAAAUGGGUGAUAAUGCCCCCUUAUAGGCGCUGCAGGCUUAAAGGAUAGUGGUAAGAUACCCAGAAAAAAAAUGGGGGCGUUGUGUAAAGGCCAAUCCUCUACACAACGCCCCCAUUUUUUGUGAGCAGUGAUUUGUUGAUCUUGAAUUAAUAGUGGUUUUUAAGCAGGUGAAAAAAAUGGGGCGCUAAAAAUAAUUUAUUUUCAAAGUGGGCAGUAGGCAAAACAAGUUUGGGAACCCCUGCUCUAAAUACUGCACUUGUACAACAUAUCGUCAUAGUCGUAGAAUACUGACGGAUCUGACAAAUAUUACAUAUAUAGAUCCGUCAGUAUUCUACGACUAUGACGAUAUGUGUGUCGUAGCAUGCGAUGUUAGGUAUUUUAUUAUGGCUGAACAAAACGUGGCUCAGGACCGUUCCUUAUGACAGUCUAUAGGAAAGACCUAUGUUCAACAGUGGACAGAUAAUGGCUGAGAUGAUAAUGAUGAGCAAAAUAUAUGACGAUAAGUGUCUGUUAUUAGAUUUUAAAGCCUGCUCCCUAAAAAGUGUCAAAGAAGAAAGAAAUGGAAAAGAAAUUUUGUAUGCGAACAGAUUUUCCUUUGUAUACGCCAACUAUAAAAAUGGAAUUUUGUAAAUAAACAUAACAUAUAAUAUAAACUCUUCUUUUUUUAUUU